UCUGUGGUUGAUUGACGACUUCGAGAAGAAGGAAAAAGCAAGCAGACGCAUUUAAUUAUCGUUUUACAGUUUUAUACUAGUGCAAAAUGGCUAAACGGAAGAAUAAACCACUGAUAGACUCCGACUCCAGUAGCGAGUGUUCAGAUUUAGACUCUCAAUUCCUAAACUUAGCAAAGAAGAAAAAGAAAACCGGUGAAUCCCCACCCCCUUCUAAAUCGAAGAAGUCAGGAUCGGGCUCCGACAGUGAAUCUGACUGGGAUGAUGAUGAUAAUAAGAAAAAUAAUUCAAAAUCAUCAUCAUCAGGCUCGGAUUCAGGCAGUGACUCCAGAAGUGAUACAUCUAAAAAGAAAGAACCGGCUCGAAAUAGUAGGAAGACAUCAUCAGACCAUUCAGAUGAUAACCGGCAGAAGAAACCGGAGCCAAAAAAGCCAGAGCCCAGGAAAAGCACAGACAGUGCCGGCUCGGGAAAGAAGAAUACAUAUAGUGAACCAGAAGAAGGUGAAGUAUCGUCACAUUCUUCAGACAAUGACUCCAUUGAUUCUGAGGAAGAAUUUGAUGAUGGUUAUGAUGAAAACCUCAUGGGUGAUGAAGAGGACAGAGCGCGGUUGGCCGCCAUGUCUGAGAAGGAGAGAGAACAAGAGAUCUUCAAGAGAAUUGAGAGGAGAGAUCUCAUGAAGACUAGAUGGGAGAUCGAGCGCAAGCUCCGGCUAGCGCGUCGCUCUGCGGCCGAGCGCUCCGUGUCGCCGACCUCACUGGCGCGGCGCCGCGAGGCCCGCCGCCGCCGCCGCGCGCUGCGACACCAGCGGGAGCGGGAGCGCAAGCCCGACCACACCGGUGAGCAUGACUACUGUACACUAUACCUACUGUCUGAGGGCUGGCGGGACAGAACACUAUACGAGGCCCGCCGCCGCCGCCGCGCGCUGCGACACCAGCGGGAGCGGGAGCGCAAGCCCGACCACACCGGUGAGCAUGACUACUGUACACUAUACCUACUGUCUGAGGGCUGGCGGGACAGAACACUAUACGAGGCCCGCCGCCGCCGCCGCGCGCUGCGACACCAGCGGGAGCGGGAGCGCAAGCCCGACCACACCGGUGAGCAUGACUACUGUACACUAUACCUACUGUCUGAGGGCUGGCGGGACAGAACACUAUACGAGGCCCGCCGCCGCCGCCGCGCGCUGCGACACCAGCGGGAGCGGGAGCGCAAGCCCGACCACACCGGUGAGCAUGACUACUGUACACUAUACCUACUGUCUGAGGGCUGGCGGGACAGAACACUAUACGAGGCCCGCCGCCGCCGCCGCGCGCUGCGACACCAGCGGGAGCGGGAGCGCAAGCCCGACCACACCGGUGAGCAUGACUACUGUACACUAUACCUACUGUCUGAGGGCUGGCGGGACAGAACACUAUACGAGGCCCGCCGCCGCCGCCGCGCGCUGCGACACCAGCGGGAGCGGGAGCGCAAGCCCGACCACACCGGUGAGCAUGACUACUGUACACUAUACCUACUGUCUGAGGGCUGGCGGGACAGAACACUAUACGAGGCCCGCCGCCGCCGCCGCGCGCUGCGACACCAGCGGGAGCGGGAGCGCAAGCCCGACCACACCGGUGAGCAUGACUACUGUACACUAUACCUACUGUCUGAGGGCUGGCGGGACAGAACACUAUACGAGGCCCGCCGCCGCCGCCGCGCGCUGCGACACCAGCGGGAGCGGGAGCGCAAGCCCGACCACACCGGUGAGCAUGACUACUGUACACUAUACCUACUGUCUGAGGGCUGGCGGGACAGAACACUAUACGAGGCCCGCCGCCGCCGCCGCGCGCUGCGACACCAGCGGGAGCGGGAGCGCAAGCCCGACCACACCGGUGAGCAUGACUACUGUACACUAUACCUACUGUCUGAGGGCUGGCGGGACAGAACACUAUACGAGGCCCGCCGCCGCCGCCGCGCGCUGCGACACCAGCGGGAGCGGGAGCGCAAGCCCGACCACACCGGUGAGCAUGACUACUGUACACUAUACCUACUGUCUGAGGGCUGGCGGGACAGAACACUAUACGAGGCCCGCCGCCGCCGCCGCGCGCUGCGACACCAGCGGGAGCGGGAGCGCAAGCCCGACCACACCGGUGAGCAUGACUACUGUACACUAUACCUACUGUCUGAGGGCUGGCGGGACAGAACACUAUACGAGGCCCGCCGCCGCCGCCGCGCGCUGCGACACCAGCGGGAGCGGGAGCGCAAGCCCGACCACACCGGUGAGCAUGACUACUGUACACUAUACCUACUGUCUGAGGGCUGGCGGGACAGAACACUAUACGAGGCCCGCCGCCGCCGCCGCGCGCUGCGACACCAGCGGGAGCGGGAGCGCAAGCCCGACCACACCGGUGAGCAUGACUACUGUACACUAUACCUACUGUCUGAGGGCUGGCGGGACAGAACACUAUACGAGGCCCGCCGCCGCCGCCGCGCGCUGCGACACCAGCGGGAGCGGGAGCGCAAGCCCGACCACACCGGUGAGCAUGACUACUGUACACUAUACCUACUGUCUGAGGGCUGGCGGGACAGAACACUAUACGAGGCCCGCCGCCGCCGCCGCGCGCUGCGACACCAGCGGGAGCGGGAGCGCAAGCCCGACCACACCGGUGAGCAUGACUACUGUACACUAUACCUACUGUCUGAGGGCUGGCGGGACAGAACACUAUACGAGGCCCGCCGCCGCCGCCGCGCGCUGCGACACCAGCGGGAGCGGGAGCGCAAGCCCGACCACACCGGUGAGCAUGACUACUGUACACUAUACCUACUGUCUGAGGGCUGGCGGGACAGAACACUAUACGAGGCCCGCCGCCGCCGCCGCGCGCUGCGACACCAGCGGGAGCGGGAGCGCAAGCCCGACCACACCGGUGAGCAUGACUACUGUACACUAUACCUACUGUCUGAGGGCUGGCGGGACAGAACACUAUACGAGGCCCGCCGCCGCCGCCGCGCGCUGCGACACCAGCGGGAGCGGGAGCGCAAGCCCGACCACACCGGUGAGCAUGACUACUGUACACUAUACCUACUGUCUGAGGGCUGGCGGGACAGAACACUAUACGAGGCCCGCCGCCGCCGCCGCGCGCUGCGACACCAGCGGGAGCGGGAGCGCAAGCCCGACCACACCGGUGAGCAUGACUACUGUACACUAUACCUACUGUCUGAGGGCUGGCGGGACAGAACACUAUACGAGGCCCGCCGCCGCCGCCGCGCGCUGCGACACCAGCGGGAGCGGGAGCGCAAGCCCGACCACACCGAGCCCGAAGUAGAACGGCCGGAGCCCAAAGAACCAGAGAAACAGAAAGAAGACCCGCCGAGUCCUGGAGAGAUAUUAGAUGAUCCUAAAGAUGAAAGAGACCCAUCAGAACGUUCAGCAUCGCCUCUGUUCGGCGCUAAGACGGAACGCAAACGCAACGUGGACGACAAGCGACAGAACGCGAUGGCCGCGCUCAAGGCGCAGCGCGACGCCAAGGCCAGCCGCGUCGAGCUCACGCGGCAGAAGCGGCGGCUCGAGGAGGAGACCAACAAGGACAAGGACGAGGACGAUGUCUCGAUGAAGGUCAGGGCUUGUCCACAGGACGCGGACGCUGAGAUCAUAGGCGGUACCAGCAAGCAAAGCGUCAAGUUAAAGGCAUCAGACAUAUAUUCUGACGAUUCCGGUUCAGAUUCGGACGAUAAUAAGUCGCAAGGUCGCCGCAGCUCGUCCAGUUCCUCAUCAUCCGGCGCCGAGGAGGAGCAGAAGAAACGAGAGGAGGUCGAGGUCAAGUACGCCGACUCCAAGGAUCAGAUCAACAAACUUAGACUUAGCAGGUUUAAACUAGAGCGUUUAGUUCAUUUACCUUUCUUCGCGCGAGUCGUCAACGGGUGCUUCGUUAGAAUCGGCAUUGGAAACAAUAAUGGAAAUCCAGUUUAUAGGGUCGCAGAAAUAAUAGACGUAUAUGAAACAGCGAAGGUAUAUAACUUAGGUAACACGCGGACGAACAAAGGACUCAAACUAAGGCACGGGACACAGGACAGAGUGUUCAGACUGGAGUUUGUUAGCAAUCAGGAAUUUACAGAGAGUGAAUUUCAGAAAUGGAACAAAGCGAUCAAAGACGCGAAUAAAAAGCCCCCCACCAUGGACUUCGUUAGGAAUAAGAUACAGGAAGUUAAAGAAGCGCUUAUGUAUGAGUUUAAGGAGGAGGAUAUAGAGAAGAUAGUGGCGGAGAAGGAUCGCUUCAGGUCGCACCCCACCAACUACGCCAUGAAGAAGACGCAGCUCAUGAAGGAGAGGGAUGUGGCGCAACUCAGAGGCGACGACGAAGUGGUAAUGGAACUAAACGCCAAGAUACAAGAGUUGGAGGAGAGAGCGAGCCAGCUCGACAAGACGCGGACGUCGUCCAUACAGAGCAUAUCGUACAUCAACAACAGGAACAGGAAACUUAACGUCGAGACCGCCGAGAAAGCUAUUAUGGAAGAGGUAAAAGCGAACAAAGGAAAGAAAACAGACGAUCCCUUCACGAGGCGGAGCACUAAACCUGUCAUGAAUUUCAAAUCUGGAGGAAGCAAGACUCAGGAGAUAGUAAGAUCUGAAGAAGAAGUAGCAGAAAUAAUUAAAUUAAGAGAAGAAGAAGAGAAGGCAGCACAGGAGAAGGUUGAGAAAGAAAGACUUCAACAGCAGCAAGAAGUAGAGAAGGCGAAGCGGGACAAGCCGACGUCGAACGACAACACCAGUCUGUACUCGUUACACGACUUCGAAAUUAACAUCGAACUGGACCUACCUAUAGCUAAAUCAGUAUCAAGCCAACCAAAACAAGUGUCGACGAAAGUAAAAGAAACGGGUCCGAAGCGAUCGUUGAAUUUAGAAGAAUACAAGAAACGCCACGGACUCAUAUGAGUGUUGUGAACAGACUGUGUGUAUGUGUGUGUGUGUGUGUGUGAGGAGUAUUUGUGUUAGUAAGUGCUGUAGUGUGGGUGACGGCCAUCCUGACAGGUCUAUGGUAAGUUAUCUUUGUAUCUGUAGAUGUUGGACGCUGAUUCUUUCGUGGGCAAACUAAAUUAUCUACACUUCUACAUAAUAUUAUAAAGAGGAAAUAUUUGUAUGUAUGUUUGUAAUAAAUAAACUCAAAAGUACUGGACUGAUUUCGAAAAUUCUUUCACAAUAAAAUUAGAAUGCUUAAUUAUCCGAGAUUAACAUAGUUCAUAUAAUAAUUAUUUUGGGAAAAAAAAUAGGGCUGAUUUGAAAAGUUAUGUCUGUGUUAGAUAGUACCUUCAUUGAGGUAGGCUAUAGAAUAUAUAUCUACCAUCACGCUAUAAUUAAUACUAUUAAAAGCAACUCCUACAGCAACUUUUAAAAUUUUCUGCUAAACAUUCUUUAGAGUGCGCCUUAUUUACCACAAAUGUACAUAAAAUAUUAAAAAAAAUAGUAAUUUAGUUUGUUAACAAAAGAAUCAGCACAAAAAACUUAUUGGUAAUGUCUUGUGGUUCUGCCGAUGUAUAAUAUAGACACCGCACAAUGUCAAGUGUUGCUUUAGGCCUUUCGUAAAAGAAGGCGACUUAAAUCUCCAAGCGCCAAUCUAAGCAUUCAUAAUUCUUACUCAGAUAUGCUUUGGUAACAAUUCAUUACCUAUCGGAGACUUACGUUGCCUCUUAUACAAUAGGCAUUUAAAUAAAUAUAAAUAAUAAUUAAUAUUGCUAAAUAAAAGAUAUUCUAAAGAAUUCAUUAAUGUCAGCAAAAAAGUUUUAAUAUCGGUCUCCAACCUCCGUAGUCCUGUUCUCAAUAUGAACCUUCCUUAUAGAAAUCUAGACAGUUAUAAGUAGAAAUAAUUUGCCCUAUAAACGCAUUGUGAUAUAACUUGAAGUUAUAACAAAUAUAUAUUAUUGAAUUUGUUAAUAGAACUAUUUUAGCCACCCUCUUUGUUGAAAAUGAUUAAUUAUCGUGUUGUUAUCAUAUGCACUGAUUAUCGCUUACUGAAGCAUAGACUCUUUAUUCUGAUGUCGAUAUUGCUUGGAAAAUACUAGGCGGAAUUCAGAAAUAUAAUGUUAUAAUCUAUUUAGUUAUAAACUGUUCACAUAUAGAAACUUUAAAACCGUUACACUUGCACAAAUCUAGUAAGCAAUUAAGGAGCAAUUAAGGGAUGUUCCUUUUAUUUAUUUUUCUUAUAAAAAUGCAUGAGACAUGACAAAAAUAGGUAUAUUGAAAACUAAAUGAAUAAAUGUUAUUCUUUUUAAGCAACUUCAAAAAAAGAGGUUGCUCAAUUUUCUUUUAAAUAGCAAAUCUAUGUGAUACACAACUUAGCCUCUAGCAUUGUACUAAACAAAUACUCCCAAACGUGAAACAAUGUAAAAUAAUACUUUUUUUUUAAUACGACAAAUAAAUAUAACGCUUUUCUUAAUUUAUACCCAGUUGACAAAGUUAACGAUUUCACUUAAAUAAAUAUAUUAUUGCCUCUGCUCUCACGUAAUUUAUAUUAAUAACAGCCUGUAAAUGUCCACUUGUUUGCAAAGGCAUUCGCCAUUUAGAGAAAGAACAAGCACGAUUAUAUUACAAAAGCUUGUCAAAUCUCAUGUAAAGUUUUAAAUAUCACAUUUGAAUGAUUUUAUUAUCAUUUCAUUACAUAAUAAAGUCAACACUGAGGAUCGCGUUGCUGUAGCAUCAACAAAAAUACAUUAGCUGUGAAAAUAACUUUAUUGUUAUAAUGAGAUGUAACUGACGGAGGGACAGACAGCGUCGCCUCAGUAAUAGGGUUCCAUUUCUACCCUUUGGGUACCAUAACCUAAAAAUGAUGAAUCUAUUUGAAAAGCAUAGCAUUUACUUUACUGAGUCCAUACAGUUUUACUAACGUGUGAGCAGAGGCAUGACUACAUAAUGCCACUUGCAUGUUAUAUCGGAUAGCUGUUUAAAUAAAAUUGAAAUCAAAAUACAUUUUGACAUCAUAAUCGGGUAAAAGAUAAGAUUUGCGUUUAGGAAGUACCUUAAUUUUAUAGAAUGUGAAAUUAUCGAAUUAUUCAAGUGUAUUUUCUUUUGUAUAAAAACUGUUGUGAGGCAAAUUUAAACAAAGAUAAAAAUAAACAUAAAAAUGAACAAAAAUGUUGCAAUUCUCUGUAAAAAUGUUCACGAUCAUUUAAUUAGUAAUGUGUUAUUAUGUAUAGUCUUAUCUAUGUAUUAAUAUCUGAAAAAAAUACUGAUAUAAUGUUGCCAAUUUCACAUUCUAUAUUGCAACACUGAAUAAUUAGCAAAUGGAAUAACUAUAAGGAAAUAACUAACGCUGGAACCAUUUUUUAUUGAUUAUUAAAUAUUUAAAAUUAGUAUAUCUAAUAUACUAGAGCAUUUAUUAGUUAAAAAACGACUAGUUUUAUUCUUAAUUAUUACAUUGUUAUUAUUUAUAUCAAUUCAUUCAGCUGGGCACAGAUUAAAUUUACAAAUAUUGUUUCUUACUAAACACUCCAUUUGCUUAUUAAUCCGUAUCUAGGAAUAGGUUAAAAUAAUUACCUCCAAUAUGGCGGACGCCUGUUAGCCUUAACUAAUAUUAUAAGUAGUUGUUAUUACUUAUUUAUUUAUAACUGUUGCUGAUUAGGCCGCUCGAACUUUAAAAUAAUUGACAAAAUACUACUUGAUGUGCACAUAAUUUAAAUAUGUUAUAUGUAUUUAUAUGUUAAAUAUCUGGUUUGUGAACAGAUAUGUAACUUGAUUGUUCAAUGCUUGCUAUUACUCCAUCUGAUAAUAUUUGACUGUUAUAAUUGUAGAGGGGAGAUAUUGCUCUCUCCCUUGUAGAGUGCUUUCUCUUUUCCACAAUUGCAACUGUCUUUUACUUAUGGCUAACUCACACAGUUGAGCUAGUUUUUUUUUACUAUGUUACCCUAACUAGUAUAGUCCAGACUUUAGAUGAAUGUAAAAUUUCAUUCCCAUGAAAGUAAAUGGACAAGUAACUCAUAGCCUAUACCUUGUUGUAGAUUUGUAGAUUUAUUACCUUAUAGCUUUAUACAUUGUACCCCUUCACACCGACGUAUCUCUAGCUUUCAAAGAGGUUUUAUUCUUUUCUGUAAUGUCAAGCCUUCGUUAGACUGCGGUAUGAAGUGAGGCGCGGGUGCAAUGAAAGUGCAAUGAUUGUCCCGCAGCGAGUCGCGUCAUAGCCGUCAUGAGGGAUUGGUUGAAAUCCGUUCUUUGCUGCAGUUGCACGCACCUCAAGACGACGAGUACGCACAAUUGAUUGGCGUUUUAUUUUACGAUGCGCAAAGCGAUCCCCACUGUUCCCCCGAGCGGUCAAGAUCCGUGCCGGUAACUAUACAAGGAUGUGGAGGAGCCCUUAUGUAUGCUUUCAUACUUAUUAGUUAUUGUUUAAUCAUUCUUCUAUUCGUUACUUAGCGCGUGAUGAAUUCAAAAUAAUAUUAAUAGACGAAAAUAUGUAUAUCUAGCUAAUAUUUAUAGUUACUUAAUUGUAUUCUGUUAAGCUGUGUUGUUGUCAGCAAAUAUUAUAGUUUGCGAAAUACAAUUUAAUGCAAUAUGUCUAUGGGAUUCUAGUAUUAAUAAUUAGCUUAUUUUUUUACACGUUAAUGUUAAUAAUCUGUUGAAAAUUGCAAUAUUUUUUUUUGUAUUGUAUGUCUUUAACUUUUUAAUCGUAAAAAAAAACUUAGUUAUUUAUAUCCUGUUAUGUCAAUUUUAUGAUAUUUCAAGCGGUCUAAUUUCGAACGGGACAUAGUAUUAAUUAUAAUAUUCGAAUUGCAAAAGCAAUAAUGUAAGAAAAUGUAUUUAGUAAAUAAAAAUCCUUCAAUUCGUUAAGGAGUAGAUUUUUACUGAUUUAAACAAAGCCCCUUAAUAAGUGACAUUUCUCCAAGCGCCGCCAUGAUGGAUACCGCUCAAAUGUAUGGGAACAUUAUUGUCACGUUACAUUUGAGUGAUUUUAACAUCGUAACCGCUUCUCAAAAUGUCACUUGUAUAAAAGGGCUAUAGGUCAUUAAUAGCAAGUGGUAUAAUAGCCAUCAUUGUUCCAUUCAAAUUUUAUAUGAAUGUAACAGUUGUUGACUAAACUGUUGGCUAAACUAAGUCUAGUAAGCAAAAACAUGUUCUUAAAAACUUACUCAAGCAUGUGUUAGUAACAAUAACAGGGUGUUUGGUUAAAAUAAUGUAAUUACUCCGUCAGAUAGUAACGUAACUUACGAGUUAAAUAAAAUAUUGGUAAGUGACGUCACACGAGAUUUGAAAUUUCUGUAUCGUAUAAUUUUUUGUUUACGCGAUGAUAAAAAUAAUAAUCCAAUAUUUUAUUGGAAUUAAUCUAACGGACUAAUUAGAUUGUUUUAAUCAAAUACUUUAUUGUAAGAAAUGAAAAAUUAAAUCUAAAUUUGGCUGCGCAACUCGAAAUAAACAGUUUCUUGUUUUAAACACUUUUUUAUUUGUUAACGAUUUGUUGUAGAAGUAAUUGUUUAUUUCGUUGUUGAGUGGCGGGCAGUUCCUGAUGAUAUAAGAUCAUUUUAUCGUUGUAAUCUUAGUUUUAUAACUAUAUUUAUUUGACUAUGAACAAAUUGAUAAUGGUCAUACUUAAUUCAUUGUAAAACGAAGAGCUAUGGAGCUUCAAUAAAAUUUGAUAAUGCA